UUCUCUGGGUUAGUUGUUGGAAAUUUGGGUCUUAGUACAACGCGAUUUUAUACUUUUGAUUACUAUUUUUUUUCUCCAAGACUUUUUCCUUUUUUUUUUUUUGAGAAAUAAAUUUGUUUUCAUUUUAGUUGAGCUAAUAUUCGAAGUAUUGAAGUUUUAAUACUACCAGUGGAGCUUGAUGUGAUUUAUCAUAAGAGAAUAAUAUGACACUGGAAUUUAUUUAUUCUCUUCAAUCAAGGGCCUUUGUUUUCAUUUGAUUGGCUUCUUCUACUUUCUUAACAAACCUUUUUAUCCUCCUCGCUCUUGAUUCCCGUGCCAGUUUUACUCAUUUGCUCACUCAAAAAUUAACUCUUCUUUACCUCUCAAAUUUCUGCUUCUUAUUUAGGAAAGGAAAAAGAAAAGGUGAACUGGGUAUGAUUUGUUUUUUUAGUUUAAAUUUGGUUUUAAUUUGAGUUUGUUUGAGCCUUAAACUCUUUUUACAUACUGGGAUUUUUGUGCUCUUGUGGAUUUGCUCUGGGUUCUGGGUGAUCUAUAAUAGGUGCUGAGAUGAAUGGGAUUCAGAGCACAAGGGCUCAGAAAAUAGAGAAACAGUUUCCAGGAUGCUUGGGCAGAAUGGUUAACCUUUUUGAUUUGAGCAAUGGUGCAACUGAAAACAAGCUGCUCACAGAUAAACCACAUCGUGAUGCUUCUUCACUCUCAAGGAGUCGCUCAGACGUGGCAAGGAUGAUGAAUGCACCCUUUGGAGAUCAGAUUGAGGAUAAAAUGAUUGUGUCCGAGUUAAGAAGAAGCUCCUCAUCCAAGAAGUCAAAUGGAACACCCAUGAAAACACUCAUAGCACGAGAAAUGUCCAAAGAAGUUGAUUCUAGAUGUAAUCCACCUAACGUGGUUGCCAAGUUGAUGGGACUUGAUACCCUCCCAUAUCAGCAGCCUAAUUCAGCUGCAGAAAGAAGCCAUUCAAAAGGUUAUUCAAGACGUUCUUUAAGUCACUCGGGUAUAGUUAUGGAGUGCUGGGAGCAAGACAAUAGUUUCUUAGAUGAGCGAAUGCAGUGUGAAGGUCAUAGAUGUGAAGAGCAAAAUGAAUACAGAGAUGUAUAUGAGAUAUGGCAACAAUCCCAAAAUACUAAUGCAAGAGGUAGUUCACCGCAGAAGGGAAGGCAUCCUGAAAGUCCAAAUGAGAGAAAGAUGACUCUUGUUCGCCAGAAGUUCAUGGAAGCAAAGCGAUUGGCUACAGAUGAAAAAGGCCGCCAAUCUAAAGAGUUCCAGGACGCAUUAGAAGUUUUAAGUUCCAAUAGAGAUUUAUUCCUUAAGUUUUUGCAAGAACCUAAUUCCAUGUUUUCUCCACAUCUGUAUGAUAUGCAGUCUACUUCACCUCCUGAGACAAAGCGCAUCACUGUUCUUAGACCUUCUAAGGUGAUUGAUAAUGACAAGUUUCCAGGAUCGAUGAAAAAGGGUGAUAAACAGUCAACAAAAGCAGCCCCAACUGGCCAAAAUAAUGUUUGGAACAAAAAUAACUCUGGAUAUUCUCCUAUUUAUGCCAAUCAGAGGUUUGAAGAAUAUCCUCCUCAACCUACACGAAUUGUAGUAUUGAAGCCUAGCCCUGGGAAGACUCAUGAUGUUAAAGCUGUAGUGUCACCACCUUCCUCAUCACCAAGAACAUUGCAGGGCGAAGAGUUUUAUGGCGAAGCUGAAGAUGACGAGGCACAAAAACCAAGAGAGAUGGCAAAAGAUAUCACAGAACAGAUGCAUGAAAAUCGGAUGGGUCAUCGAAGAGAUGAAACUCUCCUUUCUUCUGUUUUUUCCAAUGGCUAUAUUGGUGAUGAUAGUUCUUUUAACAAAUCAGAAAAUGAGUUUGCAGUGGGAAAUCUCAGUGAUUCAGAAAUCAUGUCCCCUAAUUCUAGACAUUCAUGGGAUUAUGUCAAUAGGUUUGGUAGCCCAUAUUCUUCUUCUUCCUUUAGCCGUGCAUCAUGUUCUCCUGAGUCAUCUGUUUGUAGAGAGGCAAAAAAGCGACUUUCUGAAAGGUGGGCCAUGAUGGCAUCAAAUGGGAGUUCUCAGGAGCAAAAAAAUGCUCGGAGAAGCUCUAGCACAUUGGGUGAGAUGCUUGCUCUUUCAGAUAUAAAGAAGUCGGCCAGAUCUGAGGUAGAGACUAUUAAUAAGGAACAAGAACCAAGGGGAUCAACUUCUUGCUUAACUAAUAAUUUAAACAAGGAAGGACUGGCUGAUUCUCCUAAAAGUCUCCUCAGGUCUAGAUCUGUGCCUGUGUCUUCUACUGUAUAUGGUGCUGGGCUCAGAGUUGAGGUUUCAGAUUCAGAGGCUGGCAAAACGGAAGUUUCCCAGGAGCUGAGGAAGGCAAAGAGCACAAAAUCAUCUUUGAGAGGGAAAGUUUCUAGUUUAUUUUUCUCGAGGAAUAAGAAACCAAAUAAAGAAAAAUAUGGUGUCUCUCAAUCUAAUGAUGAAUGUCAAUCUGCUAUCCCUGAAACACCAGGGUCACCAAUUCCUCCUCCUGGAAAGAUUGGUGAUGAUGCAUCUAUAUGUGCUAAUGAUGGUGGUCUUGAUUAUUGUUUGUCUCCUGGUUUACAUGAAUCAUCAAGUAAAACUACUUAUCCAGAUUUGAUAGGCGUGGCAACAAAGCAAGGGCUUCUUUCCCAAGAGGGAGUUCUAUCGGUACCAAAGCCUGCAAUGCCUGGGAAUAUGGGUGGGAACCAGGAUCAACCAAGUCCAAUUUCAGUUUUAGAACCCCCAUUUGACGAAGAUGACAAUGCAGUUCCAGAGCCUUCAGGGAAUUUCAGGCUAAACUGUGGGGGAGCUGAGGUGCCUCUUAAGUCUAAUUUGAUAGACAAGUCACCACCAAUAGAAUCAAUUGCUAGGACUUUGUCAUGGGACGAUUCAUGUGUGGAGACAGCUACUCCUUAUUCAUUAAAACCCUCUUCUAUCUCUACAUGUCCUCAGGAGGAAGAACAAGACUGGCCAUUCUUCAUCCAAACACUGUUAUCAGCAGCUGGACUUGACGUUAACAUGCAUUUAGAUUCAUUUUCUUCCAGAUGGCAUUCACCUGAAAGUCCGUUGGAUCCUGCAUUGAGGAACAAAUAUGUUAACCUAAAUGACAAGGAGCUCUUACAUGAGGCAAAGCGAAGACAAAGACGAUCAACGAGGAAACUUGUUUUUGACUCUGUAAAUGCAGCACUCGUGGAAAUCACUGGUUGUGGGCACGACAGGAGCACAACGGUUGUGCCAUGUAAAGGGGCUCAUAAUUGGUUCAUACAAGGGACAUCACCCAUGCUAGUUGACCAUGUGUGGGCCCAAAUGAAAGAAUGGUUUUGUAGUGAAGUGAAGUGUACUUUUGAGGACAGCGAGGACAGAUCCAGCCUGGUGGUGGAGAGGGUGGUGAGGAAGGAGGUUGUGGGGAAAGGGUGGGCUGACAAUAUGAGAGUGGAAUUAGAUAAUUUGGGGAAGGAAAUAGAAGAUAAAUUGCUGUCAGAGAUUGUGGAGGAUGUUGUGGUAGAUUUGGCAACUUGGGCUUGACGAGGCUAUCCUUUUCUUUUCCUCUCCAUUUAUUGCAACUUUCUUAUUUGUCCAUUUGUGUAUUUGAUUCUCAACAGUGGUGGUCCCUGCCUCCUCUCAUUUGUUUAAUGCUGCAAGUGAUUAAAUUAUUUGUCUAUUUGUCAACUUGUUAGUUUUGGUGUUCGUAUUGAUCUUAAUAAUAUAUAGAUAUAUAUAUGCA